AUGGAUUUUGGACCAAGCCGAGCUCUUUUAUUGGCAUUCAUAGUUGUUCUGGUCGAAUCCAGGUAUUUUAUGCUGAACAAAGACGGUGGCCAUCUCCGGAAGCAUCAUGCUCCUCAUGACGUCAAACAUACUACAAAACGCACAGAACUCAUGGAAUCGGACUACUUUAGUGUUGAUCAGCAUGGCCAAGCUUACGUGAAUUGCACGUACAACAUUGAUGGAGUAAUAGGUGUACGGAAAUGUUCGAUGCCAUCAUCAGAUUCUGCAUUUGACAUGGGAUUUGCAUGUUUUGCACUGUGGAAUACUGAUGGAGAGAUUAUUGCACAAGACUGCUGGAUUCAUCAAGAGGUCUCGCUGGAGCAGUGCGAAAAGAGCAGGUGUACCCGAGGAACUGGGUAUGGCAGCGUGAAUUUCUGUUGCUGUUUUGGUCAUGAAUGUAACAGUAAACUCGAAAUGUGA